AUGCGCUUGCGAACGUUUGCUUUAGGCCUUCUGGCCUAUGCAGUUUCCUCCGUUUCGGCCACGGCAUUGACGUACAAGCUUGACGCCAGCGAACAGGCCUGUUUCUACAAAUGGAUUGCCCAACCCCCAGCAAAGAUCGCCUUUUAUUUCGCAGUUCAAUCCGGCGGUUCUUUUGAUGUCGACUACUCGGUCCACGGCCCGUCAGAGAAACUGAUUAUGGAGGGACACAAAGAGAGACAGGGAGAUUUCGUGUUCACAGCUCAGACUAUCGGAGAGUACCGGUUCUGCUUCAAUAAUGGAAUGUCUACGUUCGCAGAGAAAAUGGUUGAUUUCGAAAUUGCCGUCGAGAACGAGGAACGAGCGCAGAUUCCUUCUAAACCAGGCGCCUCUCCUGAGCAGGCAUCAGCGCUAGAGGACUCCAUUUUCAAGCUUUCCGGACAGCUCUCGACCAUCAGCCGUAACCAGAAAUACUUCCGUACUCGUGAAAAUAGAAAUUUCAGCACUGUUCGAAGCACAGAACAACGGAUCUUUAACUUUAGCGUGAUUGAGAGCUUGAUGAUGCUUACGAUGGCCGGGCUACAGGUGUUCAUUGUUAGGUUUUUCUUCCAGGGUGCAAGGAAAGGGUAUGUAUAA